CUGCUAUCUACGAACUAGAUCUGGAAAUUCACAUGUUUUGCCUACAUUCAGCAUUAGGUGAGGAAGGGGCGGUGUGGGAUCUGGGAGCUUAAGAGCUUGGCAUUUGGAGCUCGACGGGCUCUUGCGUUCAUGUUCCGUGGGCUCUGUUGGUUGUAACGAGGUUUGAUGUAGGCUAUCAAGUCACGACUUAAGUGACACAGGUGGUAAAGGGUGCGGGGUUGUAAGCGGUGGCCAAGAUUUGAACAUCUUUUAAACAAACACUGCGGCAUUUGAUGCAGAAGUAGGGAAAUACAGGGCAAAGACCACAGAUAGUUGCAAGAAAGGUUCAGUAAGAUGGCGACCAAACCAGGUGUGCUGUCAGAAUGGCCUUGGCAGAGGAUGGGCAACUAUAAGUAUGUGCUUUACGCUCCAUAUGUGGCUGCGGCAGCUUACGAGUGGGGCUACCAGGGCAAAGCAAACGAGUUCAUUGCUUACAACGCACACCUUGGGGUUAUUGCCGCCCUUCGCUACGUGGUUAUGCAGAUCUGGACUUCCAUAGCUCGCUUUCCCUGGCUUGUGGGGAAGUACCAGAUAUCAUCAAAGGGGAUAGAUUUCAAGCAAGUUGAUAGAGAGGACAGCUGGGACGACUUCAUCUUGUUCAACAGCCUGGGGCUGACCCUGCUGGGCCUGGUGCUGCCCGGGUGGCAGACGCUGCCGCUGGUGAACGGGCACGGCCUGGUGGUGAUGCUACUGCUGCACGCCAGUGUGGCGGAGUGGCUCUACUACUGGUUCCACCGCGCGCUGCACCACCACUGGCUCUACACGCGCUACCACUCGCACCACCACCAGUCCUUUGUCACCGAGCCCAUCACAGGGUCGGUGCACCCCUUUCUGGAGCACGUGGGGUAUAUUGCCAUUUUUGCGCUGCCAGGCGUGCUGACUUAUGUGGGGGGUCAAGGGUCGAUUGCCAUGAUCUAUGCGUACCUGCUCACAUUCGACUUCCUCAACGGCCUGGGCCACUGCAACUUCGAGUUCAUCCCCACCUGGUUCUUCAAGGCCUUCCCCCCCCUCAAGUACCUCAUUUACACCCCCUCGUACCACUCUCUGCACCACACGCGCGUCCACACAAACUUCUCGCUCUUCAUGCCGCUGUAUGACUACCUAUAUGGCACAGUCGACAAUGACAGCGACACGCUCUACGAGCAGACCAUAAAAGGAGUCCACCCCGGCCCGGACGCCAUCUUUUUGGCCCACGGCAUGGACGUCGGCUCGUUUGUGCACGGCUGCUUUGGCAUUCGCGGGCUGGCCUCCCACCCGUACUAUCCUUCGUGGGUGGUGUACCCGCUGCUCCCGCUGGCCACCCUGCUCACCAUCUUCUGCUGGCUCAUUGACGCCAAGCCCUGGGCCGUGGAUCGCCGCUCCCUGCGCGGAAACAAGAUCGAGCUCUGGACCGUGCCCCGGAUGGGCCUCCAGUACUUCUUCCCCUCUGAGAGGCCCAAGAUCAACCGCCUGAUCCUUCAGACGCUCAAGAAGUGCGACGCGAACGGUGUGAAAGUCUUUGGACUGGGCGCACUGAACAAGAGCGAGGCGCUGAACCAGGGGGGCGAGAUCUACCGGAAGGACAUCGAGGGGCUGCGCAUGCGCGUGGUGCACGGCAACACGCUGACCGCGGCCUCCAUCCUGCACCGGCUGCCGCAGGACUGCGACGAGAUCUUCUUGACGGGGGGCACCUCCAAGCUGGGUCGGGCGCUCGCCCUCUACCUCGUGCGGAAGGGGGUCCGCGUGCUGCUGCACACGAAGUCUCAGGAGCGGUUCCAGGCCAUUGUCGACGAGGCCGCGCCCGAGCAUCGAAAAUACUUGGUCUGGUCUCCCAACUUAACGGAUGGCAGCCACUGCAAGAACUGGGUGGUUGGGCGGUGGCACUCGCGCAAGGAGCAGGCGUUCGCCCCGGCUGGGACGCACUUCCACCAGUUCGUGGUCCCGCUCAUGACGCCCGCCAGGAAGGACUGCACCUACAGCAAGCAAAUAUGCAUGCGGAUGCCCAAGGAUACCCAGGGUCUGGGUCACUGCGAGUUGAACUUACAGAGGAAUACCGUGCACGCGUGCCAUGCUGCCGUCAUCGUGCACUUAUUAGAAGGGUGGGACUUCCACGAGUUGGGCUCUAUUAACGUAGAUCGCAUUGACGAAAAUUGGGAGGCCGCUUUGAAGCACGGAUUUGAGCCCGUUUCUUGAGCGCAGACAGCCCCUCCGCUGGCAAAUGUGGUCAAACAGGGUUGAUAGUUGUAUUCUCAGCGAGGUGAUGCGUCCGUGUUGCAAGAGUAGGGUUCAUGUGCAGUAGCCGCCAGCGGACCGUAGGAAGGCACCUUCCUGCUUUUGUAGCUCCAGCGCAGCUACGUGCAAGGUGUGAAGGCCGCCCGCGAGGUGGCAACUCCCAAGGAGCAUCCAGCUCGAAAUUUUGGAGACUGUCUGCACUUCCGGCAAGGGCCUGAGGUAGCAGCGUUUGGUAAAAUUGAGUGACUUCCAAUAAGGCCCUCUCGAAGAAACGCUUUACAACUGGUUUCGCAUUUGACGACCGUACCUGCCCAAAUCGCAGGGCGAGGCAGUUGCAUUUUUACCAGACUGUUGACCAGACUGUCAAUGUGCACGGCCGAGUAUAUUUCUUAGUCAUGGCAUGCCCAGG